AUGGCCUACGUACUUUAUACAACCGUCUUCAUAUUCCUCGUUAUCUCUACUAUCGCAUUCAUAACCCGAGAUCGCUGGUCUCCCUACAUCCCCGAACAUCUUCUCGAGCGUCUCCCGAGAUUCAUGUACACACCUUAUCAUGCUCUCCCUCAUUCCUUCGAAAACGAUAUUGAAUCCGGAUUAUCAUCCUCAAAUUUCAAUCUAUCCCAAAAUCUAUUAGAUUCAGACCCAAGAAAUGGACUUUCGGAUAAUGGAAAAAGGGAGAUUCAAAUGAUCAUGAAGAAAAAGAAGGUCAAUUUCGAUGAGGCGAGAAGAUUGUGGAUGCAGGAAACUUUUAAGAAGCAAAAUAUUGGUCCGGAUGGAAGACCUAGAGAUCCGAAGUUUGUGAGCUUUUCGUGA